CCUUUUUUUGGCCAGAAUAGGGAAAGAAAAAUCAAAUAAAGGAAUCGCGAGCCUUCUCUCCUUCUCUUUUUCCUUCCUCUUCACUUUUCCCUCUCUAAUUCUUCGAAAGAAAUUUAACAUUUUUCUUGUCGAUCAAGCCUCAACAUGUCUUCAUCAACGCCAACGCCCAAGAAGCGUCCAAAACCGAAGCCCAAUUCUCCUUCUAAAUCAUCAACUUCAAAAUCUUCACUAAACUCGAUAUUAGAGCCGCCCCGGAGUUUAUUCCCUUCGAAAGGAGAGUUUUUGCGGCUCAUAGCGGCACUCGCAAUCGCUUCCUCAGUUGCUCUCUCCUGUAACUUCUUCGCCACUUUCUUCACCUCCACCUCUAAGUCCUUCUGCGAUAGCAACUUAGACUCCAUCGAUUCUCUCUCUGAUUCUUGUGAGCCUUGUCCAAGUAAUGGGGAAUGUUAUGAAGGCAAGUUGGAAUGCAUUCAUGGCUAUAGAAGACAUGGAAAGCUGUGUGUAGAAGAUCGAGAUAUCAAUGAAACAGCUAAGAAAUUUUCCAAGUGGAUAGAAGUUCGCCUCUGUGAAGCUUACGCUCAAAGUUUGUGCUAUGGGACUGGGACAGUUUGGGCUCGAGAACAUGAUAUUUGGAAUGAUUUAGAUGGACAUGAGCUGAUGCAAAAUUUUGGCCCAGACAAUGCCACAUACUUGUCUGCGAAACAAAGGGUUAUGGAGAUGAUAGUUAAAUUAUUGGAGACAAGAAUAAAUACCCAUGGGAUACAGGAGGUCAAGUGUCCAGAUUCUCUGGCAGAAUAUUUCAAACCCUUUACCUGUCGUAUCCGUCAAUUGAUCUCCAAUCAUGCUCUUAUUAUUGUGCCUGUUUGUGCAGGGCUUUUAGGAUUUGCAAUGCUGUUUUGGAAAGUCCAUCAGAAACGCUGUCUUUCAGCUAGAAUAGAAGAGCUUUACCAUCAGGUCUGUGACAUACUUGAGGAGAAAACCUUGAGGUCAAAGAGCGUCAAUGGUGGAGGUGAAUCAUGGGUUGUUGCCUCAUGGUUGCGGGAUCAUCUUCUUUUUCCUAGGGAAAGAAAGGAUCCUCAAUUAUGGAAAAAGGUUGAGGAGUUGGUACAGGAAGAUUCUCGAGUAGAUCGCUACCCCAAGCUUAUUAAGGGUGAAUCAAAAGUCGUGUGGGAAUGGCAAGUUGAAGGUUCUUUGAGCUCUUCCAGGAUGAGAAAAAAGGGGGAGGGAGUCACAUCGAAACCAGAUGGAGGCAUCAACACAAACUCAAAUCAAUCAGACCACAAAGUGAAGGCUGCUGUGCUUCAGGACACUUUAUCUGUGCAUUAAAGUUUUUUUUUCCUCUUCUGAUGUCGGCUUCAGUGUUCUCUUUUAAUUUGGUUUCAUAUUUGUCUGAUAUGCACAAACCAUAAUGUUCAUGCAGAACCUAAAGCACUGAUGCUUUAACAUUGCCACAUGGGGAUGUAUUGAGAAUGGUCAGAACAGCCUCUUUUCAACCUCUAUGUCCUCUAAGCAGUAGCAGAAGACUUUCAUUCAUUAUAGCUUUUAUUUAAGGGUUUUUGCCGGAUUAAUCAAGGUGUUAAGAGAUUGAUGAACAAAGUGAAAGUUUCCACCAUUUGACAGUGGAGCUAGUCUUUGGAGAUUGUUUUUGGAGGUUAAAAUACAUCCCCUUGUACACGCCCCACCAGGUUCCUGUAAACCAUUGAACGUCAUACAGCACAGCUUAUUCCUCUUCUGUUGCAUUAGGAAAUCGGCAUCCCAAUUGGGGAUUUUGGUGUUUCAAGAAUUUGGACUUAUGGUAUAAACAAUGUAAUCUAUAUUGCUUCCCUUCAUGCUUGUGUUUUAAACUCUCAAAGUAGGUGAAAAUACCACAAAAAUUCUUCUGUUUUGAUGCGAAA